AUGGUGAGGAAUAUUUUAUGUAAACCUCGUAUAUCAUAUAAUGGUCAAGAAAAAGAAAGCAAAAAAUCGAAAUAUAAAAAUAAUAUUUUUAAAAUUCAUUUAUACACUGGUGAAACUUUAGAAUAUGAUCUACCCAGAUUAGUUCAACAGUGUGAAGAAUCUUUGAAAUUUCCCAUUUAUUCGGAAGAUAUUUGCAGAGAUAUAGCAAAAAAUCUGGGAAUAGGUACACAUUGUUUUUAUCUUUUUGCAUUGCAUAUUCCUUCGCAUUUAUUAUGGAUUUCACCAUGCCAAAAUUUGUUAUCUCCUCAAUUCUUAAGUUUUGAUAACAUUAUACCACCAUUAGUUACACAUAAUCAAGUCAUAGCUAUUAAUAAUCAAAUAGUGAAACCCAAAAAUUUUAAACAUACUAAUAAGAAAAAAUUAGACAUAUACUUUCGAUUAAGAUUUCUGCCCACUUCUCUGUACCAUUUGAUGAAUUUGGACUUGGUUGCCUUUAAUUAUCUAUUUCAACAAGUAAGGUAUGAUUUUGUUCAUUCUCUCAUUGCUAAUGUUGCUUCACUCAAGAUAAGUGAUUGUUUGGGGCUGGCAGUAACUGAUAUACUAAGACUGAGACAACACCAUAAUCAAUCAAUAUAUAAUCUUAAUGUUUCUACCGAUAAUAAUCAUGCUAAGCAUCAAAUUUUUCAAAAAAGUAGUAGUUUAUCAUCCAGUGGCGAUAGUAAAGAACAUAUAGAGGAUUACAAGGACUUUAUUCCAGUUGAUUUAUUUGGUUCACCUUAUAAUAGAUUGAGAUUACUUAUAUCUGGCAAAAAAGCUCUUAAAAAUGCUUUGACUAGUUUUAAUUAUGAAUUACAAGACAAUCAUCACAAUAAUUACUUUUAUGAGGAGAAAUACCUGGAAACUCUUUUAAAGGUUCCUGAAUAUUUUUUAGAAAAGUAUGAAUGCUUGUUGUAUGGAGCCAAUAAGAACAUUGAGCAGAAAGGAACGGUGUACCUUGAGCACACAGAUGAGCGUGCUCUAAAAUUUAAACCGGAUCAUGCAAAAACUUCAUGUAUUAAUUUAUGUAAUGUGUCGCAGCUAUGUUUUAUAACAAUUAAUUCUGUUAAUUCUAUCGAGAUUUCUAGGAAAAAUGGCAUUCCUUUGUACCUAAAAUUUGGUUCUCAAUUAUAUCUUCAAUCCUUCGUGAGCUUACUAGACGGCUACUACAGACUGUCCCAGAAAUUCACUUUUAAUUUGUGCACAGAUUGCUAUUCUCCUCUUUUGCAAAAAUUAAAAAGCCUCAAUUGCCAUGGGCCAGUUGAUGAUCGUUUUGUGCUGAGAAAACUUAAAGAAAAAAGUAGGAACAGACCUGGCUCAUUCAUGAUCAGACAAUCUUGCACUUUCGAUCGGUACCAAUUAGACAUCAGCGCCGGGCCGGGUUCUACCGAACGAAACAAAUCCAUCAUAUUAAUUAACGAAAAACCCGAUUUUCUAAAACCCAAAAUCAAACUUAAGAAGGAUUCCUCUACUUACUCCUACUUACCUAGCACCUCUGCCCAUUUUAACUGUUCCCAAAGGCCAUCCCUUCUUCAAAGUAAUAGUUCAGAAUAUUCCAAAAUAGGGUCGAUAUCUCCUACCGAAGUUACCAACGGAGUUCCCGAUUUUGAUGUACAAAACGCUCAGUCGGAAAAACCUCUGAAAAAGGUUAAUUCACCUUCCGUGGAAGGUAUUAAUCACAGGAAUAGCUUGUUUUUAAACGAUACAUUAUCAUCGCAAGUUGCUCCUACAAAACAGGCCCUAACGACCAAAGAAGUAUUACCAAUCGUCACAACAGACUGCGCAAUUUCUACGAAUGUGGAGACUUUAUCAAGUCCUGCUACACAAAUUUCUAAUGGCUACUUCAUUACGACCGAUGGAAGAAAAUCCAUCUUACACCCGGAUAGUAUUCAUACCGAUUAUUCGAUGUCCUCCGUAGGUAUUUUUUAUCCUAAAAAGUUGGAACCUUUUCCUUUAACUAAUCAUGUGUCAUCUCCCACGACGACGGCAACACAACAAGACUUCUGGAGGUUCGAGAACUCUAACCUCAAAUUUACGUCUCUCAAGCGAUUGCUAACUUACUAUUCCAGUCGCCAGUGUAGGGAAAUCAAAUUUUCUCACUGCUUACCGCCUUCCGAUUAUGACACCACGCCUAACUUAUAUAUAUGCAAACCUUGUAUCAAGUGUCCGUCCGCUUCCUUCGACCAGCGGAAUUCUGGUCUCACUUUCGAUAACGAUGAUGAUUAUUUACACCCAAAUGCUCUCUCCACUAAGUUCUCGAACUGUCAGGUCAUGUGCAUAACCCUUUCAGACCUCACCUUUCCAUCCAUAGACCAUAAAAGAACCGACUCGCUACAUAACGGCCAUAAUGAUGCAUGUAUUUUGAGCAACCUUGACCCACCCAGAGUGGAUAAUGAGGGGCCGGUCAAGAUUAAGGAAGGGUUCGAAAGUGAUUCCCCAGAUUAUAUAUCCAUGCAAAGGGAAUAUUCUCGGAAUACUAUAGUGGAUAAAUUUGUGAAAUCGAGUGAUUCUUUGAUACCCGGUGUUUAUUGGAACAGAGAUAAAUAUAACAGGAUUCCCGUUUCCGUUAAAUGCAUAGCACCUUUAAGCGACCAAACCAAUUCAAAAAAAUCGAAUAAAGACCAAGACUUAAGCCAAUUACUCAAAAUGAUGAAUUCAUACGCCUUUUUAAAUGACCCUACCAUUGUCAAAAUAUACGCAAUAUGCUUGCACCCUUUAAUGGUUGUAACCGAACCUAUGCCUCUAGGCCCAUGGGACAUCUACUUACAAAGCCACGCUUCCACUCUAGACAUCUGCGAAUUGCUCGAAGCCUGCAGUUCCAUCUCAAAGGCCCUUUGGUACUUGGAGGAAAUCAAACUGCCUCACGGCCAGAUAAGACCGGCCAAUAUAUAUGUCUACCCUAAAAAUGAUACUAAUACUUCUUCCUCAUUCAAUACUGCCUUAUGUUCUGGUUCAGGAAAAUUCGGGAUUAAAUUAUCGGAUCCACUCAUUGUUUCCUCUUCUGCUUCUACUAAUUGCAGACGGGACUACAAAGCAGGAGAAAACGAUACGGGUUCGAAACAGACGAAAAACACCGAAAUUCCACUUAAAAAUAUUGCAUCCUCUAGUUUACCUUACAUCCCCCCCGAACAAUUCUCCCGCACAUUUCUUUUAAAAAAUCAUCCAUCCCACACCUCCGACGUAUGGGCCUUCGGAACUACAAUAUGGGAGACCCUGAAUUUCGCGCGAGUCGACCCAUAUAUUGAGUUGCUUCCUAAAACUUCGAUGGAAAAGGGAAAUGGAGAAAUAAGGGAGAGGUCUUUUAAGAGAAGGAUAAUUGAAGGUAAACGGUUACCUCAGCCAAAAAACUGCCCAGAUCAAUUGUAUUAUGUGAUGCUAAAAUGCUGGAAUAAGGACAUCAAUCUUCGAAUCAAAAUACAAGAACUGGUAAGGGAUGUGCACCAAAUAUUUUAUUCCGUCUUAAACUCCCGCGUUAAAACCUUGAAAAAUGGUCUCCACUUAUUUGACAACCAAAUAGGUCCAAACAUCGCAUUUUUUCCGCGCGAUUACUCGUUCGCCGAUCAGAGUAAUACAUACGAUACCCUGCUAGGCGAAGAAUUCUUACUUGUCGACCCCGUAACCUCUAAAAAAGAUGGCGACGGGGAUUAUGUUUACAGCCCCAAAAAGGUCGAAUUUAUUUUGGGAGGUAAUACGAAUAACGACACAACUGUCAAUUCCAAGAAAAAAAUGCAAAAUGACCGAAAGUUUAUGAUCGAAAGUAAAGAAUCGGGAGAAAGAUCUUGCGGACAAAUGACAUCCCCUUCUUACUUUAAUCCAUCUAUCCCUUGUUCCGAGGACAAUUACGUAUUCGAUCAUCAUUUUUAUGCAAUGAAUCCCAUGAUUGAAUCAGAUGCUCAUUUAACUUCCUUGUCACUUGAUACCAUUCAAAGGGGUUUUGGCCAUGCCAAUGAUGACAUCUAUAUCUACCAACCACGGCCGCGUUUUUCAUUUGGUAAGAAAAAUUGUUUUAGGGAAAGAUCUUUUAGCAAUAAUACUAAUAAUAAUACUCAACAACGUAAAUUUUCCACUAAUUCAACAAAUUCUUCCGAUAUUGAUAAUAAUUAUCUAUUGGACGAUCAGGAACUGCUCUUGUCCCUUUAUCAUCCUUCGCCAAAGCGCCCUUCAUCCCUUUUACCCUUGAAAAGAAUCUCGUCCAGGAAUUUACGGUGUAGAUCUUCAAAAUUAGGUAAGCCCUUGAUAGGAUUAGAGAUGAAGGUAAUUAUACCUGAUGACCUUGGCGGUGAGCAAUAUAAUGAUGAUAAUUCCUCUCUGAAUAUGACGGAAUCUACUUACGUUUUUGAUUAUAGGAGUCCAUUGCCUAAAAAUGACGAAUCUUUCGAAAGCAAAUUAAAGGCUCACGGUAGUUUGACUCAAAAUUUAAACUAUUUGGCCGAAGAUCAAGUUCGAAAAGAUUAUAAUUCUUACGAUUUCGAUAAAUUUAACGAUUUCAAUCGAUUUGAAUCUCAAGAGGGCCAUGGCAAAGAUAGUAAUAUAGACGAUAAUAAGGUCGGGCAGAUCGAAUCACUCCCCAAAAUCUCGAAAUUUAGAAAAACCAAGGGUAACGGCGGUGACCUUGAAACGAAUAAACUAAACGUCAAAUCUAUCGCUUCUGUCAAUAAACUUAACACAACCUUUACAAAAACGAACCAGGUAGCCACAAAGUUUUUCCAAAAAAUCUUUUCCACUACAACGACGAAAUUAAUAAAAUUGGCUAAACUUCCCCAAACUCUUUUACCUUCGAUAAUUAACGUUGAAACUUGCAAAGGAACACCGUCCGAUGGCUCUAUUACUGCAGCUGACGGGAUAGGCGGUUACAAAAUAGCUGAUAGUAAAGAAGAGAUGGAGCAUGGUAGGAAGGAACUUGUCUACGAUAAGUCGAUUAAUAAGAAUGAGAUAGAUAAAACAGGCGAUUAUCUUGGGGGCAGUAGUGUGGAUUCCUACAGUGUUAACAAUAUAAGAGAUCAAUGGAUUAUUGAUGAGAAGAAGGAAAUUAAAUACUUUAGGAAGCUGGGUGAAGGGAAUUUCGGUGAAGUGUGGCUCGCCGAAUGGAACCGGUACGGUCUAAUUACCGAAAAGGUAGCCGUGAAAUCUCUCAAAAAACAGAAAAUAAAAAUGGAAAUUUUGGGCGAUGAUAAAGGCAAUAACGAAACUUCCAGUUUAAGCCGGCAGGACCUGGAAAAUGAGAUCAAUAUUAUGAAGAAGUUUUCCUUCCCUUUCCAGAACCAUCCUAAUAUCAUACAGAUUAAGGGCAUAAUCAUUAAUUACCCCGUGAAAAAGUUGGUCAUGGAAUACUUGCAAUUAGGAUCAUUGGAUUCAUUCCUCAGAACUUUUCAUGAUAAGAUCGAUUUGAAACGCAAGAUGAAGUACAUAGCCGAUAUAGUCAACGGAAUGGACUAUCUAACCACUACCUUAGGUAUAGUUCAUAGGGAUCUCUCUGCUCGCAACGUUUUAGUAACUGACGAUGCCUGCUCCGUAAAAAUAUCCGACUUUGGUUUGGCUAAAUUUCUAACCGUAAGCAAGCAAUCAAAACCUUCCAAGGGAAAAGGUGUAAAAUCUAAUAUUAUCAUUGAUUCAAAGAUUAGAAAUCAAAUGAUCGAACCUCACUCAGAAUUAACCCCAAGUUAUAAAGCUAAUCACCAAUUGGCGAGUAAAGAGGAGCAAAUUAUUGACCAAUCUAAAGAUCAAGAGAAUUGCUCAAAUAUUGAUACAACUGACCAAUCCUAUAGCUCAAAUCUUGAUAUAGCUGACCAAUCAACUAAUCAGGACGAAAACGAUUAUUUUUACGAUCGAUUUAAGGAAUCCUUACUACUUAACGAAAGGGACAGUAACCGUGAGGAUAAUAACUAUAACUAUUACCACCGAAAGGGCAUGUUUUAUGAGGCAUAUUACGAGGCUAAAAGUAGUAACCGAGAAUUGCCAGUGUGCUGGUUCGCACCCGAAUGCUUUCCUCUUCAAAUUAUUCCUUUCUCGAUGAGUCGUAAGAAUAUUUCGGUGGGUAAGGAACGGGGUGUAGAUCUCAAAAAUAUUCCCAAAAAUUCUCAAAGCUUUUCGAGAGGUAACGAAGACAGACCUGGAGACAAAGAUGACUUAUUGAAUGGUACCGUUCACAAUUUUGACUUAAAUGAUAAUCAGGAUCCUUAUAUAUUUUCACAUCUGGUAGUAACAGAAAAAAUUAAUUCUCAUGAAAAUUUACCAAUUAGUCAUGCUCAUAUUCCCGAAACUCAAAAUAUGCAAAGUAGUAUUCAGGAGUUGCGCAAGAACUCAGAUGACGCUGAAAUUAAUAACCACAAUUUUGACGGCGAUACUGAUUUCCUUCCUAAAAAUAUGCCCUUAAACAAAGUCAAUCACUCAUUCUAUUCUGGCCAUCAUCUUGACAGCGAUAAGGAUUUAAUUUUGGAAAAUUACAACAAUGGAUACAUUUUUCUCGACAAUCACUUAAAUCAUUCACGAGUUAACUAUAAUCUGGUAAAUAAAUUAUUCCCCAAAGAUCAUAAUGCGUUGUUGUACAACGGAUAUAUAGAUAAUGCUACCUUAUCAAUCACUGACCCAGUUAUCGAUGAGGAGAAUCAAUAUUUUUAUCUCUCCAAAUAUAAUCACCCCACAAAUACUAGUAAUAUCAAUUUUUCCAAGGCCACAAAUAAUCAGAUACCUACUUUCAAUAAAAUGAUUGAUUCCUCUUUUAAAAACUAUUACUAUUAUACUAGUGAAAAUAGACCACUUGAUCGCUAUGCAACUGAUUCAACCAUUCCUACCCAAUAUGGGGACCAGAGAAUGUUAGAAAAUAUUGGAGAACAUAAUUUCAGUUUACGGAAGACCCAAGAUUCAAAAAAAGACUAUAUUCAGUCAAUCGAUAAACCUCCUCAAGAUAUAGAUCCUAAGUCAUCGCCUAAAAUGAAUCAAUUAACUCACGCAAAGGAUAGAAAAAUUUUGUUCGCACUAAAUCAACAUUACAUACCGGAUGUAUUGUCGAGCGACCAUAUUGGCGAUAACCAAUCAUUUCAAUCGCCAAAUAAGAUACAUUAUUAUGUCGAUAUUUUAUCGAAUGAGGAAAAUCAAUCAUUCAAUAGUAGCAAUACCAGUCACAAUUCCAAAUCAAUCUAUAUUAAAAAUUUACAGGGAAAUGACAACCCUGUUUUCAAAUCAUUCCAAUUAUCUUCGCCAAUCGACGAGGGUUAUGUUGAUAGCGAUAGCAAUAAAAAGGGCAGAAUUUUAUUUACGCAAAAGAGUGAUGUAUGGAGUUUCGGCGUUACUUGUUGGGAAAUCAUGUGCAAUGGCAUGAAUCCACUUCAAAUAGUACUGAGGCGAUUGGUUCUCAAGCAUUUCACCGAACGCCUAAAAAAUAUACAAAAGAACGUAAUAACAGCCAACAUAAAUCAAAUGGAGCUCGAAGAAUUUCUCAACAAAUUGACUCCUCAAAAAUUUGUCACGGGCCUACACGAAUUAUUGAUUAAAGACCAGUGGCGUCUACCCAGACCCAUCGAAUGCCCUCAAUCGCUUUACAACUUGAUUGUCCGAGAUUGUUGGAGUGUUAAUCCCAAGGACAGAUUUUCUUUCUCCAAAAUUAAGCGCAAGUUAAAAGAUAUCGAUACUUAAAUAUUUACUAACUUAUACGCACACUAUAUCGUAUUUAAAAAUGAUGAUGAGGAGCUAAUACCUAUUAGUAGGGCAUGUAAAAUAUAGUUUAUGAAUAAUUUUUGAAGAAUCUAUUGCACCACGAUAGGUGAGAUUAAAAAAAUUUAGAAUUCCCGCGAAAUUUUAGCUGACCUAGAAAAUAAUUCUUUUUUUAAAAAAAAUUGUUCUUCGUUUAAAACCUAGUUCAGAAAAUUCACGAAAAACUUAUAUUAGCGGUAGUGUCAAAAUCUAUUAAUCUUUCUUUUAAAAUUUGAAUAAAAAAAUAUACCGACUUUGAAAAAAAUAUAUAAUUAUAAUCUAAUAUCCUACAACCAAAUUUAAUUUAUAUUAUUU